AUGAUCAGACGAAACUCCACCAAAGACUCUGAUCAGAAUAAGAGGGCCCACAUUGAGGAUGGAUAUACUUCAGAUAGUUCUGAAAUCUUUGAAACAAUCGAUAGGUCCGACAAGUGGCAGAAAACUAUAACCAAAGUUGUGAAAGCAGUGGUUUCUAUUCAGUUCAGCCAAAUUUCCAACUUUGAUACGGAAACUUCCCUUGUAAGUGAAGCCACUGGGUUUGUGGUGGAUCGUGAUAGAGGGAUAAUAUUGACCAACAGACAUGUUGUUGGACCAGGACCUUUCUGUGGAUAUGCCGUUUUUGACAAUCAUGAAGAGGCAGUAGUUAAACCAGUAUACCGAGAUCCAAUCCAUGAUUUCGGAUUCUUACAGUUCAAUCCAAGAGAUAUCAAACAUAUGGAAUUAUCCCAAUUAGAAUUGUAUCCAGAUUUAGCUCAAGUUGGUACAGAGAUCAGAGUUGUAGGUAAUGAUGCUGGAGAGAAAUUAUCGAUCUUGGCAGGGUUUAUCUCUAGAUUGGAUAGAAAUGCUCCUGACUAUGGUAGUAUGAAUUAUAAUGAUUUCAAUACCGAAUACAUUCAAGCUGCUGCUAGUGCUAGUGGUGGAUCUUCAGGUUCUCCUGUAAUUAAUGAAGAUGGUUACGCUAUAGCUUUACAAGCUGGUGGAUCUCUGGAAGCUUCAACAGAUUUCUUUUUACCAGUGUUUAGACCUUUGAGAGCAUUAGAAUGUAUCAGAAAAAGUCUUCCAAUCACCAGAGGUGACAUUCAAGUUGAAUGGAAAUUAAGACCUUUCGAUGAGUGUCGUAGAUUAGGAUUAUCAGAAGCAGCCGAAGCCGAAGCAAGAAAACAUUUUCCUUCGAAGAUAGGUUUAUUGGUGGUGGAAUUGGUGUUACCUGAAGGUCCUUCUGAUGGGUUACUUCAAGAAGGUGAUACAUUAAUUUCCAUCGAAGAUGAACCUGUCAGCACAUUCGUAAGGAUGGAUGAGAUUUUAGAUGAAAGAGUAGGGCAAACCUUGAAGUUUGUCAUACAAAGAGGUGGAGAAUACUUGACACAGCAAAUUGAUAUUGAAGAUAUUCACGCUAUAACACCCAAUCAAUAUGUUGAAUUAGCUGGGGCUACAUUUAAUGAUCUCUCUUAUCAAUUGGCAAGAACUUUCUGUGUACCGGUGGGAGGUGUUUAUAUCAACGAUGCUAGUGGAUCUUUUAGAGUCUCUGCAUAUGAAGACAGUGGGUGGCUUCUCGAGUCAGUUCAAAAUCAACUCGUAGAGAACCUCGAGGAGUUCGUUGAGGUAAUGAAGACAAUUCCUGAUAUGACUAGGGUCAACAUAACUUACAGACAUAUCAGUGAUUUACAUAUUGAACACUACCAUAGUUUUUAUCUCGACAGACAUUGGUGUUCUAGUUUCAGGAUAGCCACCAGGAACGAUGAUACUGGAUUAUGGGAUUUCAAAACGCUUCAAGACAAACCUUUACCAGCCGUGGAGAUAAAAGAACCAAAAUUUGCCAAGUUUUUUGAUAUUCCUAUCGAGGAUCCAACCAGACAAGCUUGUAGGGCUUUAUCGAAUUCAUUUGUUCUUGUUAGAUGCAUUACUCCAAUCAUCUUGGAUUCAUAUCCCUUUAGAAACCAGAUAUGCCAUGGUGUGGUGGUAGAUGCCGUCAAUGGAUACAUCUUGAUUUCUCGUAAGACUGUUGCCCAUGAUUUAUGUGAUAUCAUUGUCAUUAUUGCCGAUAGUAUUGAUGUUCCAGGGAAGGUUGUAUUUUUACAUCCUCAUUUGAACUACGCUAUUGUGAAAUAUGAUCCAUCCAAAGUGACUGCUGAUGUUAAAGCCCCCAAAUUCAGUGACAAACCUUUGAAAAGAGGAGAAACUACCCUUUUUAUUGGUAGUAAUUCUAGUUACAGAUUGGUUACGGAAGAAGUUCAAGUUAGCGCAGUUGAAACUGCGGUAGUACCUCCAACAUAUUUAGCUCCCCGUUAUAGAGGAUGUAAUCUUCAAUGUGUCAUGUUAGAUAGUCAACUUCCUCAAGAAUGUAGUUCGGGAAUGUUAGUCGAUGACGAUGGAACUUUAAGAGCAUUCUGGUUGUCAUACCUAGGUGACGAUCCUAAGCACGGUGGUCUUAGAAUGGGCCUUGAUGUCACAGAUGUAAAGGAUGUCAUAGAAUCUUUGAAAAUUAACCAAGUCCCUGAAGAUUUGAAAGUACUUGACGCCACUUUCUAUACCCUCCCGGUAUUACAAGCAAGAUACAGAGGUGUUAAUCAAGAUUGGAUUACCAGAUACGAAACUGAAAGCGAAGAUCAAGUGUCUUUCAUUGCUGUAGAAAAAGUAUCAGCUCCCUUAUUGAACCUGACCCACACUCCUUUGAAAACUGGUGAUAUAAUCUUAUCAUUGAACAAUAAGCUUGUUCAUAGUAUGAGGGAUUUGGGUAUUAUGUAUAAAUCCGAUAGAUUAAACUUCAAAGUUGUCAGACAAAUGAAGGAGAUGGACAUUGAGGUAUCAACCUUGAGUACUCAAUCUUUGAACACCUCUCAUGUGGUCAUAUGGUGUGGAGCUAUCAUCCAAAGACCUCACCUUGGGGUGCUUCAACAAAUGGAAAAGAUCCCUAGCGAAGUUUACGUCACUCACAGAAGUAGUGGGGGGCCAGCACUUCAAUAUGGAUUAGCAUCGGUCAGUUUCAUCACUCAUAUUAAUGAUAUUGAAACCCCUGACUUAGAAACCUUCAUAAAUGUAGUUAAAGACAUUCCAGAUAAUACUUACACUAAGAUUAGAGUGGUUUCUUUUGAUAUGGUACCUGUAGCUAUAUCGAUCAAGACAAAUUACCAUUAUUUCCCCACAUCGGAAUUCAAGAAAGAAGAAGGUGUAUGGAAGCUGAUAGAUCAUGGAAAAGAAAAUUAG